AUGAUCCCCUCCAAGCCCGGCAAAAGAGCCGCCUCUGCUGCUGCCGCCACAGACUCGCAAGGGCAACCCCGGAUCAAGCGAUACCGAUGCCAGUUCCCGGGCUGCCCGAGCAGUUUUGCGCGUGCCGAGCAUCUGCAGCGACACCAGCUCAUCCACACGGGCGAGCGGCCCUAUCGCUGCGAUAUCUGCGGACGCUACUUUUCGCGAAGAGACAACCUGCAGCAACACCACCAAACCCACAAGCACAGCAAGCGAAAGGCUGGCAGCGGCGGCACCAGCGCUGCGUUGGCCCUUGCCUCUGCCACCGACGACGAAACUGCCGCGCUCGACUCCACAAUCGCCACCAGCCCUAUCACCGUCCCCGUCUCCGUCCCUGCGACCUCUGACAACUAA